GUUUGUGUAAUGAGACAUGUACAACUAAUGGCGUCACAACCCCUGAAGGAUGUAGAUUUAUUAUUCUGAUACUGAAGUCUGAAGAUACAUAUGUCACCAGAGUAUUGGGAUCAGCCUGAAGUUUUCAAUCCAAAACGGUUUAGUUUAGAAGGCAAGGAGGGUAGGAAUCCUCAGGCUUACAUUCCUUUUGGUUCAGGACCAAGGAGUUGUAUUGGAAUGAGGUUUGCACUAAUGGAGGCUAAGGCUUGCUUAGUGAGUAUAUUGAGGAAGUAUAGGUUUGAAAGAUCACCUGAUACUCAGGUACUGUUGAAAAUGGUAGUAGCUGCUUUGCAAUAUCCAAAAGAUGGUAUUUAUCUUAAAAUUGCAAAAGUUUGAAUGAACAUACGACUGAUUCAGUCUCCUAGUAGUUGACUUAUUUCUUUACACUGACUAUACAAGUUUGAUUGUCAAUUUAUUACUUUUUACUGUGUCUGAUAUUUUACUUUAUCCAUUAAUUUUUGCUGCAUAA